UGUCACCCGAUUUAUAGAGCCAUCAUAGCGUUUCACACUCUCAUUGUUGGUUUCACAGGCUCUCUGCAGUGUGCACAGAAAUGGACGGCUGUGUUCAAGGAGGCAAAGCAUACGGUCUUCUCAAGUCUCAGCAGGAAGAAAAGCUGAACUCCAUCAAUGAGGCCUUUCUCUCAGAUCCCCAGUAUGCAGAAGAGGAAGACCUUAGCUUAAAGCUUGAAAUGUUUAAAAACAAGUACAUGGAGUUUGAUCUUAACGACAAUGGAGAAAUAGAUAUAAUGGGACUGAAACGGAUGCUGGAAAAACUUGGAUUGGCCAAGACUCACUUAGAGCUGAAAAAGAUGAUGUCAGAGGUGGUUGGAGGAACACUGAAAGACACUAUCAGCUACCACGACUUCCUGAAUAUGAUGCUGGGAAAAAGAAAUGCAAUUCUAAAACUGAUCUUGAUGUUUGAAGGCAUGGGAAAGGAGCAGGAGCCCAAAGAUGUGGCACCACCUCGUCGCAAAACCUUUUCAGACCUGCCCUGAAUGAACUCUCCAUCUCAGCAGGCCAUGACUAUCAUCAUGACAUUUUUCCAGAUUUAGACAUCACAUACAUGCUUUAAAAUUGAUGUAAACAGGACAAUACAUCAAAUAUAUAGUGAAAUGUGCCAUUUCUAUGUAGUAAGACCCUAAGACUACAUUGUAGGCAAAUGAAUGCUUUAUAAGAGAGUCCAGGCUAUACUUCAUGGCUGUAGCUGCUUAGCUAAAUACAAAACAUAGCCUAUUGAUGUGCAAUCUACAUAAGAAUGGUCAUCAAUGCUUUUACUAUUGCUAGAAAAAGUUUUUUAUAUAAGGAGUUUUUACAUUACAUUUAACAAAAACAUUUCACAAAAUUGGCUAUAUAAAAAAGACACACACACGCACAACGAAAC